ACAACAGUGGACGAUAAUGUUGCCAGCAACCUUCAAGCUGUGUGCGGGCAUCUCCUACAGACACCUGCACAACAUGACAGGUUUGAAGAGACAGGCUGCUGUUGCAAUCACCCAGGAGCUGAAUAAAUAUACAUUUGCCAGGCCAGGCCCCAGUAAGUGGAUCAACCAAGUUCGCAGAAGGAGCUCUCUGCUAAGCUCUAGACUGGAGGAGAAGACCUUUGGUGAAGCAGAGAUGUCCUACAUCAAACAGGGAGAGGAGGCCCUUCAGAAAUCGCUUAAAAUUCUCAGCAACCAGGGUGGCUGGAAAACAGAGACCGUGGUGGACAACGGCGACAAAGUUCUCAGCAAAGUACUCCCAGAUGUAGGGAAAGUAUUUCGGCUGGAGGUGGUGGUCGAUCAACCCAUGGAUUGCAUCUACAGCGAGCUGGUGGAGAAGAUGGAGCAGAUGGGCAACUGGAACCCGAAUGUCAAAGAAAUCAAGAUACUUCAGAAAAUUGGCAAAGACACGGUGAUCACCCAUGAAACUGCCGCCACCACCCCCGGCAAUAUAGUCGGGCCACGAGACUUUGUGAGCGUCCGCUGCUCUAAGAGGCGGGGUUCAACAUGUGUGCUGGCCGGCAUGGCCACAGCCUACACAGGAAUGCCUGAACAAAAAGGGGUCAUCAGAGCUGAGAACGGACCCACGUGUAUGGUUCUUCGGCCACUCACAGGCAAUCCCUCCCAGACCAAGCUGACCUGGCUUCUGAGCAUUGAUUUAAAGGGAUGGCUGCCGAAGACACUCAUCAACCAGGUCCUCUCCCAAACCCAAGUGGAAUUUGCUAACCACCUGCGCAACCGUCUAAGCCACACUCCUGCCGUAUCCUGCUGAAACAAGACCACCUCC